AGGUAUGUGUUUCUAUAAAGUUUGUGCUACAUAUUUAUUUAUUUAUUUAUGAAACAAAAAUUACCACAAACAUAGUCACAAACUAAUAAGAAGCAAAUUACUGAAAUUAUCAACAAAUGUUAAACAUUGUUUACCGUUUUUAAUAAAGUUAUAGUGCUCAGACCUUUUAAAAUGUAUUAGUGUUAGGAUUUGUGCCGCGGAGAUAAUAUAAACUUGUUAUAUGACCUCUUCCUUAAUUUAAAUUUUGGUGUAUCUCACUUCUCGGUCGCUUCAUAGAAACAAAUUAUUCGUAGUCUAUUUAUAUAAGUUCAUAAGUUUAUAUGUUACUGUUUUCAAACAAAUUUAAAAUCAGUUUAAGACAUAAAGUUGCAGCAUAUGUAUAUUUCACUUCUGGGCACAGGCCAUUACGCCUAGCUGUUUCACUACAACAUAAUAUGUGUUGAUGUACUUAAUAUGUCUUCAAAAAAUACUUAAUUCCUCAGAUAAAAUUAUCAAUAAAAAACAAAUAUCCUCACAAUAUUUUCCUUCAUCCCCGUCUUGUGGUUGCUCAAGGAUUAAACACUCUGUAAAUUCACUAUUAUAAUUACAAUGCCUAGUUACUACUAUUAUAAUGUGUGAGCUCACGAAAUUGUUAAAAUAAAAUAAAAUUAAACAAUUCAAGAAAGUCAUAUAUGUUUAUGAGAUACAUAGUAAUUUUUUACAAUAUAUUAAAAUGUUCAGUAUAACCCUAACAUAUUAUAUUUAGCUCGGUGUAGUGGUGAUGUUGAUGGUGGCAUUUGAUUGACAUGUGUGAUCUCAUCAAUAAAAAUGCCACCACCUCGAAGGAAAUGGAGUUUAAUCUGGCAACAUUUUUCCACUGAGGCAAAUGGGAAGGCUAAAUGCAGCCACUGUCAACAGACACUCAGUUACACUGGGGGGGCUACAGGAAAUUUACUUAGACAUUUGAAGUCAAAACAUAAGGCAAAUGCUUUUGAGAGGGUAAUAUAUAUUCCUGUUGAACGUAGUACAGUCUCUAAACUGACACAAGACAGAAAAUCUACUGUUCUAAAUCUGAAAACAGCAUCAGCACAAAGUUGUAAAGACCCUCUUCUUCAGCAGUCACAACAAAUAAAAACAGAGCCCACUCUAAGACUCCAGGGUACAUUGCCCACUGUCUGCAGACAAAUAUCCAUUGCUUAUUCUAAACAACAACUAGAUGAACAACUUACCAGGGUCAUAGUAAAAGAAUAUUAUCCAUUUAGUAUAGUAGAAGAUAAAGAGUUUAGAAAGUUUAUUUCUAUGUUGCGUCCUGCUUACUCCAUGCCAACCCUAAAAACUCUUUCAAAUGUAAUUAUUCCAAGAUUGUACAAUGAAACAAAACAGAAGGUUACAGAAACCUUAUCCUUUGUGAAUGCAGCUUGCCUUACUACUGAUAGUUGGACAUCUAGUGACCAAAACUAUGUUGCCAUAACUGCACAUUUUAUUUGCGAAAUUGACGGCAAAAGCUCUCUACAAUCAUGCCGACUAGGAUGCAUACCCUACGACAAUAGUUAUACUGCACAAAAAUUAGGAAUGUUGUUAGCAGAAGAGGUACAGAAAUGGGGCCUGCAAAAUAAAGUGGUUUGUGUAGUCACGGAUAACGCAUCAAACAUUGUUGCUGCUGUAAGAAACAACAAUUGGAGACACAUUCCUUGCUUCGCUCAUACCCUCAAUAUAGUUUUGGGUGAUGGUCUACAGAUAAUUCAAGCAGAAUUGUCAAAAAUAAAGGACAUUGUUCUUUACUUUAAACAAAGUUCCAAUGCACUGGUAAAAUUAACUAAUAUGCAAAAACAAUUAAAUCUUCCGGACAUAAAAUUGAAACAAGACUGCAUAACCAGGUGGAAUUCCACUUUUGAUAUGUUAUCCAGUAUCUUAAAAGUUAGAGAAGCUGUGACCAGUGUUCUGACACACGACAACCCAGAUUUAAAUUGUCUGUCGUCAUCGGAGUGGACGAUGCUAGAGAAAGCAGCAAAUGUGUUAGAAAUUUUUAAAGUUAUUAUUGAAGAAAUUUCAGCCGAAAAUUAUGUCACCUUGUCAAAGUUAAUGUUGUUGAUAAGAGCAAUAAAUAAACAUUUAAUUAAAGCAUCUGAAGAAUAUUUUACUGAUGAAAAGCUUACCAAACUAGUACAAGAGUUACAAACUUCGAUGUCACUUAGAUUCUUUGAAAUGGAUACCCAAGACCUUGUAACACAGGCAACUUUUUUAGACCCAAGAUUUAAGAAAUACGGUUUUCCUGAUACAGUAAAAUAUGAGAGAUGUGUGAACUCCUUAAAACGCGAAAUUUUAGCAACUCCAUCUCUCUGCCCCGACGACACUCAAGAUCCCCAGCCAUCUACUUCGUCUGCAACACACCUUCAAUUGUCUAAUACCUCGCUGCUUUGGGAUGACUUUGAUAAACAAGUUGAGUAUAUUAUUUCUGAUCAGGAUCCACAGACUGCGAGCCUCAAAGAGAUAGAAAAAUAUAUAAAUGAACCACUAAUUAAGAGACUUGAUGAUCCAUUAAUGUGGUGGGAUGAGCACAAAAACAUAUACCCAAGAUUAUUUAAAUUGAUGCAAAGUAGGUUAUGUAUUGUGGCCACCAGUGUGCCCUGUGACCAAAUAUUUUCUAAAGUAGGUUUAAUAAUAAAUAAUAAGCGAAGUUGUUUAAAGACCAAUGAGAUAGAGCAGUGUGUAUUUUUAAAUUACAAUUUGUAAAUAUUUAUUGAAAUAAAAACUGUUAUUCACUAGCUC